UAUCCGCCACCAGCUGAGCAUUGCAACAUCCAUAGCAGACAGCAGCACACUUUCCCCAAAUCUCCAGCUGAGAACCAACACCCAGCCAGAACCAUGGCCGGCGCCAAGAGACUCGCUCAGCUGGCAAAGAGGGUGGAAGCGCUCGGGAGGAAGAGGCUCACCGCGGCGGCCAAGGAAGACCAAGGAUGCUGCACCUCCGCACCGGCCAAGGGCCACUGCGUCAUGUACACGGCCGACGGGAGGCGCUUCGAGGUCCCGCUGGUGUACCUCGGCACGGGGGUCUUGGGCGAGCUCCUGAGGAUGUCCCAGGAGGAGUUUGGCUUCGCAAGUGAUGGCAAGAUCACGCUGCCCUGUGACGCCGUAGUGAUGGAGUAUGUCAUGUGCUUGCUGAGGAGGAAUGCCUCUGCCGAGGUUGAGAAGGCGGUGCUGAGCUCUAUGGUGACGCCUUGCCACUACACUGGCCGUGUGAUGCCUGUUGUUGUUGGAGCCAGCAGUCAGAUUUGCUGUCUGUAGAUGCUGAAGAACAGCAGGCUUAGACGCUGAUGAUGUCUUCUGUCUUGAGUAGUUUGCCUGGAUAGUGUACGAUAGUUAGAUAACACACAAUAGGGGAAGGAAAAUUGUAUGUAAAGCAAUGUGAUCAUCAAAGCAACAACCAGCAGGAACGUGGUC